GCUAAUCUUAGUUCACAGUGGUAAUGAUGAAACUUUAUUAGUUAUGUAAAAUAUACUUUUGGUUUUAUUAUAGAAAAUAACAAAUAUGCUAAAAUGACAGAUAAAGAUUCCGAUCUAAGCAGUGGUGUUCUUAUAUCACCUACCCAGCAAAUGCUGUCAUCGUGUUCAGGGGCUGUUUUAACUUCUAUUUUUGUAACACCGCUAGAUGUAGUAAAAGUCCGACUACAAGCUCAACAGAAUCCUACAGCAAAAUGUUCAGUUUUCUUCAAUGGGUUGAUGGAUCAUAUUUGCGAACUGUGUGGAAAAAAUGGGCACACAGCAUAUUCACAUGGCUGGACUAACACAAAUCCAGCUCGUUAUUCUGGUACCUUGGAUGCAUUUAGACAAAUCUUUAGAAGUGAAGGUAUUGGUGCAUUUUGGAGUGGAUUAUCACCAACUUUAGUGAUGGCUGUGCCAGCUACUGUGAUAUAUUUUACCUGUUAUGAACAAUUAAAAGGUGUUUUAAGAUAUCGGCAAUCUGUCCUUGGUGAUUGGUGGAAACCAAUGAUGGCUGGGGUUUUAGCAAGAGUGUUUGCUGUUUCUGUGAUUAGUCCAUUAGAGCUAGUGCGUACCAAACACCAGUCCGAGAAAAUGACAUAUAGAGAAAUAUUCACAGCUUUAUUACAGAGAAGUAGACAACGUGGUGUGAUCUCAUUAUGGAUUGGACUCGGAUCUACUUUACUCAGAGAUGUGCCUUUUUCAGCGGUUUACUGGUUAUCAUAUGAAAGUGCCAAAUCAAAAGUUUUACGAACUAGAGGUUCAAGUGAAUUAAGGCCGUUUGAAUCCUUUGUAUCUGGAGCUGGUGCAGGCUCAAUAGCAGCUAUUAUAACUAAUCCAUUUGAUGUGAUAAAGACUCACCGACAAAUUCAGUUAGGGGAGAUUCCCUCAGAUAAGAAGGCUGGUAUAUCGACAUGGAGGUUAAUAAUACAACUAUGUCGUCAAAAUGGUUUCUCUUCGUUAUUUUCAGGUAUUGUUCCUAGGAUAUUUAAAGUGGCUCCAGCUUGUGCCAUUAUGAUUACAUCCUAUGAAUAUUUAAAAACUAAAUUUUAUGUUGCAAAUCAAAAGAAAAGUCUUCACAUUCAUUGA